AUGUUAAACAAGAACAUUCUGCUGUUGUGUCUCCAGAUUAGUCUCCUAGGAAUCACUCAUGGUGGGAAUGUUCUGAUUUGGCCAAUGGAAGGUAGUCACUGGCUGAACAUUAAGAUAAUUAUAGAUGAGUUGAUUGAAAAAGAGCAUAAUGUGACUGUCUUAGUUGCCUCUGGUGCACUUUUCAUCACGCCAACCUCAACCCCAUCUCUGACAUUUGAAAUAUAUAAGGUGGCCUUUGGCAAAGAAAGAAUAGAAGGACUGAUCAAGGACUUUGUUUUGACAUGGAUGGAAAAGAGGCCAUCUCCUUCAACCAUUUGGAGAUUCUAUCAAGAUAUAGCCAAAGUCAUCAAGGACUUCCACAUGGUAUCUAGAGAAAUCUGUGAUGGUGUUCUUAAAAACCAAAAGCUGAUGGACAAGCUGAAGAAAAGCAAAUUUGAGGUCCUGAUAUCAGAUCCAGUAUUUCCUUGUGGUGACAUAGUAGCUUUAAAGCUGGGAAUUCCAUUUAUGUACUCCCUCAGGUUUUCUCCAGCCUCAACAGUGGAAAAACAUUGUGGGAAGGUACCAUACCCUCCUUCCUAUGUUCCUGCCACUUUAUCAGAACUCACGGACCAGAUGUCUUUCACUGACAGAAUAAGAAAUUUCAUCUCCUACAGUCUACAGGACUACAUGUUUAACACUCUUUGGAAAUCAUGGGAUUCCUACUAUAGUAAAGCUUUGGAUGGUAGCCAUUGGUUAAAUAUUGAGCUCAUUCUAGAAGAGCUGAUCCAAAGAAAUCACAAUGUGACUGUACUGGCUUCAUCAGCAACUCUAUUCAUCAACUCCAAUCCUGAUUCUCCUGUGAAUUUUGAAGUGAUACCUAUCUCCUAUAAGAGCAGCGAUAUAGACUCCUUAAUUGAACACAUGAUAAUGCUGUGGAUAGACCACAGACCAACUCCUGUCACUCUCUGGACUUUCUACAAAGAACUAGGAAAAUUUCUAGAUGCUGCUUUUCGAAUGAAUAUACAAAUCUGUGAUGGAGUAUUAAACAACACCAAGUUACUGGCAAGACUUCAGGAAGGUGGUUUUGAUGUAUUGUUAGCAGACCCAGUAACUGUCUGUGGGGACCUGGUUGCUCUGAAAUUAGGAAUUCCAUUUGUGUACACACUGAGGUUCUCUCCAGCCUCAACAGUGGAGAGACACUGUGGGAAAAUCCCCGCACCUGCCUCCUAUGUUCCUGCAGCUUUGUCAGAGCUCACAGACCACAUGACCUUUGGUGAGAGGGUAAAAAAUACUAUAUCCUAUCUUCUGCAAGACUACAUAUUUGAAUCCUAUUGGGGAGAAUGGAAUUCAUACUACAGCAAAGUUCUAGGAAGACCCACUACAUUAUGUGAGGUUAUGGGGAAAGCAGAAAUUUGGCUAAUCCGGACAUAUUGGGAUUUUGAAUUUCCUCGUCCAUACUUACCUAAUUUUGAGUUUGUAGGAGGGUUGCACUGUAAACCAGCCAAACCAUUACCUAAGGAAAUGGAAGAAUUUGUCCGAAGUUCAGGUGAAGAUGGUAUUGUGGUGUUUUCUCUGGGGUCAAUGGUCAGAAACCUCUCAGAUGAAAAAGCCAAUCUCAUUGCCUCAGCCCUGGCCCAGAUUCCACAAAAGGUUUUAUGGAGAUACAAAGGAAAGAAACCAGCCACAUUAGGAGCCAAUACUCGGCUCUAUGAUUGGAUACCCCAGAAUGAUCUUCUUGGUCAUCCCAAAACAAAAGCUUUUAUCACUCAUGGUGGAACCAAUGGGAUCUAUGAAGCUAUUUAUCAUGGGGUUCCUAUGGUGGGAGUUCCCAUGUUUGCUGAUCAGCCUGAUAAUAUCGCUCACAUGAAGGCCAAAGGAGCAGCUGUGGAGGUGAACAUAAACACAAUGACAAGUGAAGAUCUGCUCAAUGCCUUGAGAACAGUCAUUAAUGAACCUUCUUAUAAAGAGAAUGCUACAAGGUUAUCAAGGAUUCAGCAUGAUCAACCUGUAAAGCCCCUAGAUCGAGCAGUCUUCUGGAUAGAGUUUGUCAUGCGUCACAAAGGAGCCAAGCACCUGCGUCCAGCUGCCCAUGACCUCACCUGGUUCCAGUACCAUUCUUUCGAUGUGAUUGGUUUCCUGCUGGUCUGUGUAGCAACUGCUAUCUUCUUGGUCACAAAAUGUUGUUUGUUUUCUUGCCAAAAACUUGGUAAAACAGGAAAGAAGAAAAAGAGGGAAUAGAUCUUUCUAAGUUUGGCAAAGGCCUUAAUGGGCAAUCCUGUUCAUUCUAGCCACAGUGACCUUAAUGAAAACACAUUAUCUCCAUCCUGUUUUCAAAAUUCCCUUUCCUCUACCUUAGCUUAGAGAUAAAGCCUAGAAUUCAACAUGAUCAUUAACUAGUAAACACGUCCCAGUCUUCUUUUGUCUUCUCCCAGGUGCCUUUACCCUCUUCUUCUCAUUUUCCUGACACAGGGACACUAAUAAUUUUAUGUAUACUCUAUUCAAAAUACCACUGUUUUUCAGUAUGCUUAACCUUAGGAACGUGCUGGCUGACAACAUGAUGAAUCCUCAGGAACACACAAAGUAUGAGCUGAAUGUGAUGGAUGUACGGAACAUAGAAGACUAAACUUCACAAGUUCCCCUAGAAUAUACAAAUCAAGGAACCACCAUAAAAGAUUAGUAUGCUAUAAUAAGAGUAAUUAUUUCUUUUUGCAUAAAAAUAAGCCCUUCUGCUAGCCCAAAGCGACUGGAGUCAGAGCCUAUAUUGAUAACUGUAAUAAUGUAUCAUUCUAGGGAAAGUCUACAAAUUCCCACUGAACACACAGAUAAUCGUGGCCUAUGUUCCAGCCUGUAAUCAACCAGUACUCUUGUGUGGACUC